AUGCCCGCCCGCCAUCCCGCAAACACCUCCCGAGAAAUCCACGUCAAAAUCAUCCUCAAACCCAACAGUACCUACAACAUCCACUCCAUCACAUCCAUCGCCUACACCGGCAAUACCGCAACCCUCAAAUCCGCCUUAGGUCUCGAAGCGCACCUCAAACCCGGUUGUAUCAUCCUCCCCAACCCCUCGUAUGCAGAUGCCAUGGUGCUUAAGCGCAGCGAGACAGCCACCGAUGGUUUCGUAGCAGAGGUGAUUAUCCCUCCCGCGCACCGCUAUCACGUUGUCAAGGUGAAUGAUGUGCGGGAAAAGGGGGAUGCGCCCGGUUGGACGAUUGUGGAAACGACGGAUGCGUUGUUUGAGGUUGGGGGUGGGGAUUAUGUUGUUAGGCGGAAGAAUUUCGGGAGGAGUGUUAUUAUUGAGAAUUUGGGUGAGUAG